CGUACGAUACGCUAGACUUCGUCUCGAGCAGUGCCGCGGCUCGAUGCAAUUAAUCGCGUUCGAACGCGAUCAUUAAAUUUCUACGAAGAUAUGGCUGGACGUUUCGAACGAAAUCUUUCACUCCGAAUUCUCGUGUCAAUGAUCUCAUAGUCCGUCGCAAUGCCGUCGAUAUUGUUACUGAGCUGCGUUCUGACCACGUGGCUGUACGUCAACACGGGGGCGAUUACCGUGUCGAUAGAUCGCGCCGAUAUUAAAAUCCCACCGACGCGAUCGUCGAUGAUCGCAAACGGCUGGCGGCCGCUGACGACUUCGUACGAGGAGACGAUCGGCACGAACGUGUCGCCGUCGAGCCACCUGAAGAAGAAUGUCCAGGUGCAUCCUGUCCUGAGCAAGUUUCAGGAGCACAUGGCGACCUCGGAGAAGCUGAAGGUGCGCGGCUCGAACGGCUCGUUCCGCAAGGGCGAGCCGCCGAUACGCGAGUACAAUCCGCCGAGCAUACUCGGCAGCUUCACAGUGUUCGGCCACGCGGCGACGAAGGCGCGCGGGGAGACGAAAACGCCGGGCAAGCACGCUUCGGAAACGCGGGAGUACACGUUCCUGAUACCGCCGCCGAAGGACGCGUACCGCUUCGAGCUGAACCAACACCGCAAGCCGGUUCUGCGCGACGGCGUGAACUUCCUGCGGCCAGCGGCGAGCGUUUAUCAGCAGCCGGCGUCCGAUCCGGUGCGCGCCGCCACGUACUUCAUCAAGGGUUACGCGUCCACGACGAAUCCGUCGACGCAUCUCGCCAACAACCGGCCGUACGUGUCGUCUUACGCGAUGCCGCAGGCGUUGCAGCCACCGCGCCAGGUCGCGGCGAAGCCGUUCGAGUCGCUGAAAGUCAACAGCAACAGCAACAGCAACAGCAACAGCAACAACAACAACAACGCGAAGCCGUUCUUCCAACCGCCCGGCGCGGACGUCCCCGGCGACUUCGGCAAGCAGAAGAUCGGCGAUCGCGACUCCUACGACGGCCGUCUCCAGCCGCAGUCGCACAACGCGCAGGUGCUGCAUUCGGCGAGCAGCGGCAAUUUCUACAGCCAAGUGAAUCAUCCGUCGGGCCAGUCGUUCAAGUCGACGUACGAGCGGGACCCGGCGUUCCUCGUGCACGAGAGUCACGAAGUCAGCUACGUCACGCCGCCCGGCACGUACAGCGCGUACAGCUUCCGGCCGUCGUUGCCGUACGAGAAUCUUCUGCCGCCCGCGGUCUACGCGCCCUCGACGCCGGCUACGCCCACCGCCGCCGUCACGCGGAAUCCUGUCAAUAAGUACGGCCAGACCGACGUCGCGGAGCGCGAUUUCAAGCGCACGGAGCAGCUGGGCGCGCGCGGCAAGCAGGACAAAGCGGGCGGGCAAACCGAGUUACCGAACUCCCGCACGACCGGCACGUACUACGUGUCCGAGCAGCCGGAUCUCACGCCGCCGACGUGGCCGAAGAGCAAGUACACGUCCGACAUUAACGAGGUCCUGCCGCGGGAGAGCCCGCCGGGCAAGUUCAGCCAGGAGGCCGUCGUCAGCCAGAAUCAGAUCACGCAAAUCCCGAAGAUCGUGUACCAGCGGCCGCAGAGCUCCUUCGAGCCUGUCGAGGUCUACCGACCGACGUCGGUGCCGGAUUACGAGACGCCCGAGAGCAUCUCGCUGAAGCACUUCAACGAGCAACAGUUCCUGCUGCAGCAGCAGCUGCUGCAGCGCGACCGCGAGCAGCUGGCCGAGCAGGAGCGCCAGCAGAAAUUGCAGCUCGAGCGGCAGCAGCAGGAGGAGCUGAAGAAACGGCAGGAGGAGCUCAACGAGCUCCUCCAACGAGAGAAGGAGGAGGAAGACGCGGCCAGACUGGCCGCGGAGUCCGCGAAGAACCAGUCGCAGGAGAUCGUGAAGAUCGCGGGCGAGAUGCCGUACACGAUUCAACUGGCGCAAUACGAGCAGCAGGUCACCACGGACGUUAAUAUUCUGGUGCCGGCGGAUGUUGGGAUCUACAAUCUCGAGCAGCUAAAACUUCAGCCUCAAAUACCCCAAGCUGCGGAAGGUCCAGCGAACCAGAAUUAUCAGUACCAGCAACGUUACCCGAACGAGUACCAGGAGCAACAGGUCGAUUAUCGCGAGCCUCAAACCGAGACGCGGCCGUACCGUCCGCAGAAGCCACUGCGCGAUCCGUACCGCCGGAAGAAACCGACGACGAUCGCGUACGACACGCCGACGGAGCCGCCGAGCCAACUGCCGGACACUUCCGUUCCGUUGACUUUACACGGCGAGGAGGUGCCGAUUCAGACGACCGAGGCGCCGGAAACGCAGACGCUGCCGGCGACGCAACGACCGAGAAGUCGCCGGCCGGGCGUGCCGGCUCGACGACGAAAACCCACGACGACGACGGAGGAGCCCGUCACGGUGUCCUACGCGGACGAGGACUUCCUCAAGUACCGAGGCGACGAGCAGUCGAGUCAGUACGAUCCGUCGCGGAGGAGGCGAGUGAAACCGGCCGGCCAGACGGGCUACAGCGAGGACGCGGAGAAGCGCGGCGGCACGAGGAAACGGCCGAACUAUCGCACGCGAGUGAACCAAGGGGACUCGUACGACGCGCAAAUCGUCACCGAGAGCGCGCCGACCUCGUACGGGCAGACGACGGAGCCCGCGGCGAGCUACGACGAGAAUAAUCAGUUCGCGACGAACCAGCCGAGCGUUUCGUACGGCACGAGUCAGGCGGGAGAGCAGUACGCGACGAACCCGUCGAUCAAUCAGUAUCACGAUUAUUCCUCGCAGCAGAGCGAGAAGCAGCGCGAGGAGCAGCGCGAGGAGCAGCGCGAGGACACGACGGCGCCGGUUCAAGCGGAAUACUUCACGGAGAUCAGCCGCGACAAGGCGGAGAAUCCGAGGGAGAACGUGAACAUCGUGACCGCGAUACCGCUGGAGGAGCUUUACGUGAAGACCGACGGCAAUUACUACGAUCGCGCGACGACGCUCGCGUCGACGACGACGACGACGACGACGACGACGACCGCCGCGCCGGCGACGACGACUCAAGCGGCCUCGUCGACGCCGCGGUCGCACAAGAUCAACCGGCCGCUGCGUUACGGCAACGCCACCAGGCCGCGCUUCAGCAUCAAGGAUUACAAGAGCCGGAUGGAUUACAAGAGCCGACUGUCGCAGGGCACGACGACGGAGCUCGCGCCGACGCCCGUCGACGCCCCGCUGACGCGCACGAAGCAGAGAGCGUCGCAGAGCGCGAAGGGCCAACCGGUUCAGCAGCAGCAGUCGGCCGACACGGUGAGAGAAACGACCGGCAGAUACAAGUACGUUUCCCGAGUGAGCUAUCGAACGACGACCAGCGCGUCGUCGCCGAGGGAGCACGAGCGACUGUCGGAGGAGGGCGCGAGCGACUCGACGACCGAGAAGAGCAACAGGUUCGUGCCGAAGAGGCGGCCGAUCAGCAGCAACGUCUACCGCAGCAGAAUCGCGUCCACGACGACCAGCCCGACGCGGUCGCAGAUAAACAGCGAGACGAGCUCGACGGUGCAGCGACAGAGCUCGGCGCGGCCCGAGAACGUGUACUCGUCGUCGAUACGCAGACGGCCGGUGAUGAAGAGCAGGCUGCAAACGCAGCACAGGGAGCACUCCGUCACCACGUAUCCGGAGAGCAAGCGGCAGGAGGAGCCGACGGAGAUGGCGGCCGAGGAGACGAGUUUCUACUCGACCAUGACGACCGCCGCCUCGUCGUCGUCGUCGACGGCGCGUCUCGUGGGCAACGAGAUCGUCGGCGGGAAGGCCGACGCGUCGUCGCGCGACAAGCAGUCGGUGAAAUUCGGCGCGCAGAACGCGGGUCAUGAAAUUGAGAUAACCUCGCGAGACGAGGACCCGGAAGCAGCGAUCGAUCGCGAUCAGAUCUCCAGCGGCGAGAAAUCGGAAAGCUCGGCGAACGGAAGUAAGAUCGAUGCGGACGCCGCGGAGGCCACGACGGAGCUCGACGCGCGCGACGACGAGGAGGAGCUGUUCGCCAAGGCGUCGCAGAGCGUGGCGGAUCUGACGAGCUCCGCGUCCGCUCUCUACGACAAGCCCGGCAUGUUCAAGGCGGUCUCGCCGGAGAGCCGGCACGUCUCGUCGCACUUCAAGAUCGCCACGGACGAGCCGACGCUGCCCAUCGAGGCCUUCUUCCAGGAGCUGUCGAAGAAGAAUUCUGAUUGAUGGCUCGGGGACGAAUUGAUGGCGCGAGGGCGAUCGCUCCGCCGCGGGCAGAUUGCCGCCGAAUCGUACAAUCGAUAAUCCCGGAAAAGCGACGUAAGAUUGUGGGAGAAUUUAUGAGCUUCCUGCGAGAAGAUAUUGAAAGUCCGAUAUUUUCCGGUAAAGUAUUCCUCCCAAUUUGUAUUUUUCGACGAAAAAUAUGGAAAAUUGCGUCACAAAAGAAUCUACAUUUUUUCCGACUAUUAUGUUAUUUGAAGCAUUUAACAUUAAACGCUUCGAAUAAAUUAAAUUGUAUUUUAUGUAUCCUCGUCGGAUCUCGCAUUUCCAUGAAUAUAAUUUGGUUAUUUUUUUCUCGGCCAAAUCUCGUUUAAAACAAAUAUUCGAGCAUGUGAUCAUUACACCGUAUAGAUUUGAAGUUUAAUCCUGCAAACGGAAUUGCAUUUAUUAAAAACUGCAUCGACAAACGCAAAUAAUGGACGAUAGUUUACAUAUUGUUACGGCAAUUAAUUGAUAAAUUCAAAUGUCCAGAAAUAUUAU